ACUGCUCGGAGACCCUACCAUUGUGACAUUGGAUAAUGUGACUUACUUGUUUAAUGGGAGAGGGGAAUACACUAUGAUAGAUAUACAAACUGAAGACUUUAUAUUACAGGCCCGAACAGACAGAGCAGAAACAAGUAAUGGAUCUUUAACAGAUGCGACUGUCUUCUCAGCAUUUGCUGCAAGUGAGAAGGGAGUGUCUCGUUUCCAAGUGGAACUUGCAGCCAGUAAAUUAUCCAUGAUUCUGUACGUUGGUGGACAAAACAUCACACAACACUUUUAUACAUCACCUGACUACAGGCUGUCUAUGGAAACAAUUGAAGUUUUCAGGGACGAUAGAGGCAACAAAACUAACGUUGCUGUUGUAUUUCCAUGUGGCGUAUCAUUUGCUGUCCACGUUGGAUAUAAAAGUCUUGAACUGGAAAUGGAAGUACAAAAAACACUUCAAGGAAAAACAAAAGGCUUACUGGGCAACUUCAAUGGAAACACAAAGGAUGAAUUCACUUUACCGAAUGGAACAGUUUUAAGGUCCAAUUUAACGGAAAGACACAUUUUCUACUUUGCUAAUACGUAUCGAGUAACUCCAAGAAGUUCCAUCUUCACUUACCCUGAUGGUAAAACUACCCUAGAUUUCCAGUUUCCUGACUUUGUCCCGUUCUUUUUUGACUCGGCAACUGCCAGCCAGUUGCAAAAAGCGAGAGACGUUUGUGAAAAUGGAUCAGAUUCCUGUGUUUUCGACUACAUCGUCACUAAUGAUGUAAACUUUGCUAUCAAUACCAAUAACACAAUUUCACAGUUUACGGCUCUAACCAUGACUAUAGCAAAUUCUUAUCCAGUGUUGAGUGUUAAAAGAAAUCAAAAUUAUAUGAAUGGACGUUGGUUUGUUCAGGAAAAUGUAUGCAAUUCCAUAAGAUUUAACGCAAUUGAUGAAGAUGCAGACGAGUUAACGUACAUCUUGGAAGAAAGUUCAUCAGAUGUAUCUCUCAACCAGAAUGGACUUUUGACCUACACACCCUCAUUGAACACCCCAACCAGUCUGGCGUGA